CAAAUAUUCACAUGCUGUUUGUGUACUUAGUCUUUGCGAUACUUUCAAUACUUGAAAAGAGCUAUAAUUAGAAAAUGUACAUAUAAAAGAUCCAGAUCCAGAUACUCCAGAUGAACCAACUAUAAAUAAGUCGCACGAGUGAGUGAUGGAAUCAGAAUUCAAGGCCCAGUGCAGAGAAGGAGUCACCAUGCGUCCUAUUUUUGCGCUCACCCUGGUCGUCCUGGCUACUAUGGUUGUCCUGUCAUCGCAGGCAACUAGCAGUAAAGCCUCUUCCGACACAGCAACCGCUACCACUACUACCACCACCACCACCACCACCACGACCACAACGGAGGCGACCACCACCACCACCACCGAGGCGACCACGGAGAAGCACCGCCGCAAGCACCGCCGCAGGCACCGCCGCCGGAGGAUCAUCAUCAUCCGACGAGGUGACCGUGGAGAAAGGCGUCGCAGGUUCCGUGAGGAUGAAGGCGGCGAUGAAGAGCGUGGCCGCGUGAGGCGCUUCCGUGUGCGCGAGCGACGCGCCGGUCGUCGUUUCGACCGCUUCGGGUGA